AUGUUACUUUCGCCGAUGCUGCCACAACUUAGUGCAGCUUUAUUCAGUAACAGUGGCAGUUCGGCAGCAACUGAUCAACCUCCCAGCACUUCCGGCAGUCACUGUGGUGAGACUCUUGUUUCUCGAACUAACUUUAACGGUCAGCAUGCUGCUGAUGGGCAUUUUAAACGCAGUGCCUGGCCACAUCGGCACGUGGCGUGGCCGAGGAAGCGGCUGGCUCUGGCAACAAUAGCCGAGACAAACGAGCCUGACGGUGUUGGAACAGUAACGCAGUGUGGCAUUAUGAGCGAUUUGAUCGGGAACAGCAGGAUGAGGAAGCUCGCUGCCGUUGCUGCUGCUGCCGGGAUCACUGAUGCUGCUGCUGACGACGGCCAAACCGAUUUGAUCGAAGCUGUUACAUUCGCUUCUCUCUACGGCUUCCAGGCAAUACCAAUACGUAUCAAAAUUUUGCUGCAUCGGGCACUGUCAACCCUGUCGAGGAAACGAGCCGAAGCAAUUAUUCGACGAACUGGUUGGAAGGUGGAUGAUUUUGAGCGGGGAUUUAUCCAGGAGGAAUAUUCGAUUGAUAUAUUUAUGGAGUUUACGUCGCUGGCGGGUGAUCGAACUUUGUUUUCAGUCUCUAAGCGCAAAGAAAUUGAGAACAAGGGUCACUGGUCCGCCAGUGAAACUGCUAUUACUUCUCAGAUGUGUCUUUUGCAUUUUAGUGCGGAGAAACAUGCGGUGUUGUAUCGGAGCUUUUUUUCUGCAUUGCAACAUGCAUCCUAA